AUGCAGUGGGUAUUGAUGAGCCUGGCAAGUGCCUUGAGUGUCUCAGUAGCUUCUGCUUCUUUUGACCCAGUAUCAAAUGCUGCGCUCCAGUUGCAUCCAAGGGCAUCUCGUUUCAGCUCAGGGAAAUUAGAGAAUGCAGCGGCUAAUCCACCGGUGGAGCACAAAGGAACAACAGUAAAGUUUUCCUCGAGAUCUUUGGGCUACCUGCUCCCCCGCCAACAAACUUUGGUAAUCAGAGAUGUGGCGGCAACCAAUGCUGCUCGAGCUAUGGAUACUGCGGAACUGAGUUCGAGGCAAUACUGUGGACUUAUAGUUGGAUGCCAGCCUGACUUUGGUCGUUGCGGUGAUGCCGUGCCAGAGCCCAGUCCUACUCCUACAUCAACACCUAGUCCAACCUCCCCACCGCUGCCGCCGAUAAGUUCUUCUGUUCUCCCCCCAUUACCCUCGGGUACACUAAUUCCGUCUACGAAUGGCCAGUGCGGAAAUGUCACAACGUGUACUGGCUCUGCAUUCGGAGGCUGCUGCUCAGAGUACUAUUACUGUGGCAACACACUCGGCUUCUGCGGAACAGGGUGUCGUCCUGCCUUUGGAACAUGUGGUGGUAUAGCACUGCCUCCAGGCUCCUCCUCCGUACCGAUUCCCGCACCCAGCUCCUCAACUAGACCAUCGACGACGUCCAGGCCGAUCUCCACUCCAACGCCUAGCCCUACAUCGUCUGCGGCACCCGUUCCAACGAACGUCAGUACGAACGGGAGGUGCGGAGCAGAUGGAAACGGCCAGACUUGUACUGGGAGUUCAUUUGGAAGAUGCUGUUCAAGCUAUGGGUGGUGUGGGAAUGGCCAGGACGACUAUUGCAGGUUGUCUUGGGGAUGUCAGCCGCAGUUUGGAUCCUGCAGCUGA